CAGGUUGCGGUGGGGCGCGGAGGUGAGGAGCGUUCGCGGCGGGGAGCGGCCUGGGCACGGAGCCUGGAGUGCUUUUAACCCCCAGGGAUGGAGCGGCACGUGAAUGGAGCUAUGGCCGAGAAGCCAAACCCCGUGGACUACGGGGUUCAGAUCAGAUUCAUAGAUGACCUGAAGGAAAUGAAGAAGCCGCAAAAGAUCAGGCCCAAGCAUUCCAAGCCAGGCUCCUACGGGGUCGCGGUGAGGGUCCAGGGCAUCGACGGGCAGCCCUUCGUGGUCCUGAACAGCGGGGCGAAAGGAGAGGACUCCUUCGGGGUGCAGAUCAAAAGUGAGAGUAAAUAUGGGAACCCUGCUCACAGCCAGUGGCCUGAGCAGCUGCCCCCUAACUCCCUCAGGGAAGGCCUGGGCUCCAUCAGCUCUGAUUCUGACCUGCCGGAAAGCCGGUACGUGGCCAGACAUUCCCAGUAUAACUCCCAGUACAGCACCUCUGACGAGGAGCUGAGCUCCCAGGGCUACCCGAGGGAGACCAGGCCUGUCAGCGCUGAGGCAGCUCGUUCCUACCGCAGGGAUGGCUCCUCGUCCCCUCAGGGCAGCUCCAGACAGCUGCCACCCCAGAGGCCUUUUGGGGAGGAGCUCAGGAGGACUCAAUCUCACAGCUCUCUGUUAAGCCCCAGUUCAGAGGAGGCCUAUGGCCCAAGCCCUCUCAGCAUGCAGACCAGGGGCACGUACCGAUCCCAGUCUCCAGCCAGUGCCAAGAGCAGCAGCACGCUGGACAUUGCAGGCAGGAAAAGGACUGACCCCAACCAGGAAUCCCAUGCUGCUUCUGGACGAAGGUUUGUAGGCAAGCAGCCAUCACCAGACCCAGAGUCCUCCAGGCCUCGGCAGCCAGCUGACCAAAGUGACAUCGACACGAAGCCCCUGUCCUCGGUGGAUUCCCUGAUCACAAAGUUCGACGGGAAGGUUCAGCAGAGGGGCCGAGCUGCCAGGAGAAGCCGGAUCUCCCCGGAGGAGAGGAAGCGGUCGCAGAGUCUUGACGGCAGGGUGUCCAACCACGACACGGCCGAUUCCAGAGAGCUGAGUGCCGCCCAGCUCCAGGAUCGCCUCAGGGAAGGGCCGAAGGGCCUGGCCGCCAAACAGCCUGGUGUGGCCAAUGCGCCUCGCACCGGCAGCCUGAACCGAGCGCUCCGGGAAGAUCUGAAGGAAAACUCAGUCAAGGCCCAGCUGCCGCGAGACUGGAUCCAUAAAAGCUUGGAGGAGCCUGUCGUUGAGCAGCAGCAAAGUCAAGUGCAAUCAGAACUGCAGCAGCUUAAGUCCACUCCAGACCUUCUGAAAGACCAGCAGGAAGUCUCUCCGCCUGGGAGCAGCGAGUCCACCAAGGAGCUGAUUUACAGUAUCCUGAAGGAUGGGAGCAAAGAAAGCGAAAGCUCGCUGAAGAGAAAAACCAACCUGAUGUUUGAGAAGAUCCAAGCGCUCACUGUGGUGCCUCCUGAGGACGCAAGAGGAUCUGUUUCCCAGAACAGUGAGCUGAAAAGGAAGGUGGAGGAGCUGCAGCAGAAACUAGAUGAAGAGACCAAGCUCCGCCAGAAAGCGGAGCAGGCCAGGAGCGGUGCUGCUCGGAACCUGGAGAGCCGGCUGGAGGAGGCGCAGGACGAGUGCAGGCGCCUCAAGGGGGCCUUGGAGAAGACGACCCAGGAGCUGAAAAGCCGCUUGCAAGAGCUGAAGGAAGUGGAAGUUGCCAGAGAGCAGGCAGAGGACAAACUGGGAGACGUGGAAGAGCAGCUAAUGGGGAUGCACGAGGAGCUGGACAGGCUGCGGAAAUCCUCGGUGGACUCCGCAGACAGAGACGAGCUCAUGAAGGAGCUGCUGGAAACCAGAGAGGAGCUGGAGGAGGUCCUCAACGCCAAACAGAAGCAAGAAGAACAUCAGCGGCUGCGGGAGCGGGAGCUGACGGCGCUGAAAGGAGCCCUGAAGGAGGAGGUGGCGAAUCACGACAAGGAGCUGGACCGGGUGACGCAGCAGUACCAGCACGACAUGGACCAGCUGAGGCGAAACAUGGAGGACGUGUCUCAGGACCAAGUCAGUUUAGAGAUCGAGAGGCAGAAAAUCAACUCGAUAGUGAGGAACCUCCAGAAGGAGCUGGAGGAGAGCAACGAGGAGACCAGCCACUGGAGGGAGAUGUUCCAGAAGAACAAGGAGGAGCUGCGCAGCAACAAGCAGGAGCUCAUGCAGGUGAAACAGGAGCGCGAGGAGUUUGAGGAGGAGCUGCGGGAGCUGCGGGAGCGGUUCUCGGCCAUGCGGGUGGAAGUGGACCAAGUCAGGAGCAGCACCGUGGAUGCUGGCCAAGCGGAUGCCCUGAAGAAGGAGCUGCGUCAAGCCCAAGAGGAGCUGAGGGAGCUGGCUUCAGAGAAGCAGGCCCAGGACGAGCUGGUCCACCAGAGGGAGCGGGAGCUGGCCGCCCUGAAGGGGGCGCUCCAGGAAGAGGUGGCCAGCCGUGACACGGAGGUAGAACAGCUGAAGCAGCAGUUCCAGAAGAACUUGCAGCAGCUCAGGAAGGACUACGACGAAGCUGCCAAGGUGAAGGUGGCCGUGGAGAGCGAGAAGGAGGCCACGGAGCAGAUGAGGAAGGCCGUGGAGUCUGCUCUGCGGGAGACGCAGGAGGAGAACGACGACUUGAGGAGGAAGAUCCUGGGCCUGGAGAUGCAGGUCAAGGAGUACAGGCACUUCUCCGAGAACUGGGAGGGCUCGGAGGCCAGGCUCAGGGAGAAGAUCGGCAAGCUGGAGGCUGAUCGCAGACAGAUGGAGGAAUCCUUGGAGGAGGCUGUGGAGCAGGAGCAGGAGCUGCUGAUGGCCAAGAGGUCCCUGGAGAGCCGCCUGGAAGAAGCCCAGAGGAGUCUCAGCCGGCUGUCUCAGGAGCACCAGGUGCUGAACACCUCGCACCAGGAGGAGAUGAAGCAGAAGGAGCAGCUGAGAAGGACCAAGAAUGAGCUGGAGGAGCAGAAGAGGCUGCUGGAUAAGACCACCGAGAAGCUGACCAGAGAGCUGGACCAGAUGGCCCAGGAGUCCCACAGCUCACUGGCCAUGCUGCAGUCGCAGCUGGAGGAGUACAAGGAGAAGUCACGGAAGGAGAUGGCAGAUUCCCAGAAGCAGGCCAAGGACCGCAGUGCAGAGAUGGAGAAGAUGCAGUUCACCAUGGGCCGGCUGCAGGACGAGAUCACGCGGCUGAAGCAAGCACUGCAGGACAGCCAGGCCGAGCGGGAAAGUGCCGUGCUGGAUAAGGAGGUGCUGGCCCAGCGCCUGCAGAACCUGGAGCAGGAGGUGGAGUCCAAGAAACGCUCCCAGGACGAUCGCUCUCGGCAGGUCAAAGCGCUGGAGGAGAAAUCCAAGCGCCUCGAGGUGGAACUGGACGAGGAGAGGAACACGGUGGAACUGUUGACUGACCGGAUUAACCGCAGCAGAGACCAGAUUGACCAGCUGCGUGCGGAGCUGCUGCAGGAGCGCUCCAGCCGGCAGGACCUGGAGUGCGACAAGAUCUCCCUGGAGAGGCAGAACAAAGACUUGAAAAGCCGACUGGCCAGCUUGGAAGGCUUGCAGAAACCGAGCGCCAGUUUGUCUCAGCUGGAGUCGCGGAUCCAGGAACUGCAGGAUAAGCUGCAGGCAGAAGAGAGGGAGAAGAACAUCCUGGUGUCCUCGAACCGCAAACUGGAAAGGAAAGUGAAGGAGCUGACGAUCCAGAUCGACGAUGAAAGACAGCAUGUGAACGACCAGAAGGACCAGCUGAGCCUCCGCGUCAAGGCGCUCAAGCGCCAGAUGGACGAGGCCGAGGAGGAGAUCGAGCGCCUGGAAAGCGCCAGGAAGAAAGCGCAGCGGGAGCUGGAGGAGCAGCACGAACUCAACGAGCAGCUGCAGAAUCGCGUCAAGGCCCUGGAGAAGGAGGCCUGGCGCAAGGCCACCCGCUCGGCCGCAGAGGCCUCCUUGGAAGACGACCGCUUGAGCUCGGAUGAGGAGUUCGACAGCGCUUACGGCCCGUCCUCCAUCGCCUCACUGCUGACGGAGGGGAACCUGCAGACCAGCUCGUGCUAGCAGCGGCCUGCAUGGGUCGUUAACUGGCUCCUGGGGUGCCCCCUCUUUCCCAUGGUCAGAACUGCGUCGGGUUCCUUGAGAGGCCGGCGCAGGGCGUCAUUCCACGGGGGAGCAUCCCCGACCUACUGACGUUCCAGUCCCUUUAGGAGGGAAAAACAGCAUCCUAGAGGCCAGCGAUCCUCGGAUUGGAGUCGGCUGACACAUGCGUCCGUUCCAAAAAGCAGCUAACUGGAGAGGAGCCGGCAGCAGCAGAACUGAGAACAAUGUUUAAGCAGGAAGGUUUUCUGCUUAAAUUAGGAGGGAGGGUGUGGGGGGAAUUGGGUGUUAAGCUCCCCAGAAAAUUCUAUUUAAUCUGUUUUUCUCUGUGAUUCUCAGGGCAUUGCUUAAAUUCCAGAUGUUUCAUAUCUUAACCAAAUGUUUGUGUGUAUACGGGGGGUGGAAACAGAUGUGCAAUAAGGCAGGAUGAUGGUCUGUGGCUCACAAACAAGAGGUGAACCUGUCUCUUCUGGCUUUUCCCUGCCAGAAGGGGAAGCGUGGUAGGUUAGUCACCAACCAGAGUCUAGGAGACGGCCCGGGCGUGUGUCUGCUCUGAGAGUCUCUCUAAUGUCUAUAGACGCCCUCAUGGAGUCCUGGGUCUAAAAUCCGGCGGCUGCUUUUUCCAGGACUUGUGCAGCUGUCGUUUCUUCAUGCCGCGUUAAAGAGAGAUUCCCAGCCAGCCCAUCGAUCCGUGUGGCCUACGUGCUGCUCAGCCCUUCCCUUCGCUCUUUGUGAGCAUGUUGCUGCGCUGAAAGACGGAUCUGCCUUCGGAACGGCAGAGGAUGGGGAGCGGGAGCCUCAGCCUUGCGAAACUCUACAGGGCUAGUGCGCUUGGGCAAGGGACUCUGCUGCCACUUUUUUGGUCCUUUCCAUUGGCCCUGCUCUGGAGGAGGCCAAGGAUCGGGGUGUAGGACAGGAAGAGUUUUGAGAUUGACCAGGAUCCCAAGGGUUCGUGGCCUGUGUGAGAGGAACUGGGGGUCUCGGUCCAGUCCCCAGCUGCCAGUGACAUUACACUAAUCCCCUGUGCAGCUGGCCCAGGAGGAAGAAGUAACACCGGUUUUGGAAUAGCUGAGACUUUGAUCUGACACGAUAUCACUUUGUUGUUGAGACAGAUGAGCACGGGAGCUUGCCCCCACCUCCGUCUGAGCCGAGCGAUCAAGUUGCAGUCCUGGUCAGUGGAGUGUGACCUGGGCUGUAGUGCACCCAGGCUGUUCAGAGGGGAAAGAACAAUACUGAGCUAGCUCUGCUUGAGACCUGCGUAUCCUUGAAACGGGAACCUGCCUGUCCGCUCCCACUGAGCCUCGUUUUGUAGCUGAAUUUGCACCUGUUCAUAAAGUGCCGCUUUAUAGAUUGGGAAUAUAUGGGGCUGGGGGGGAUCCACUAAGUGUGUGACCUCCCCGCCCGCUUCUGUUGCGGGUUGAGCUGCUAACACCUCAGUCUCCCUCUGUUACUUUUUUAAACUUCACCAGCUCAGAGGUUUCAGAGCAACCUGCAGGUCAGGCCUUGACCGUCGUGCCUUAAUGGGGAAUGUCCAGUGCGGGAAACUUAGUCCAGUGAAUUUCUGCUUGGAAGGGAACUGGGGGUAGAACCUUUUAAACAUGCCUCUGUUUUAAAGUAACAUACCUGGUUUAACACGCACCUGCCCCCCGCCCAAGGCGGCGAGACACAGGAGCAGAGGUGGGGAGGCGACAAACCCACCUUGGUGCUCAAGGGCUAACAAAAAUCCCCAAUGCCCAAAUAUAGCCAUUGCCUUGUCUGGCAUGAUUUCAGCCUCCACUAGUGUCGGCAGCAGAAGGGUGCGAACAGGGGCCCUGUCUCUGGACCCUGCUGUGCUUGGCGUGCUGCCCUAGAGCAGAUCUCCGUAGCCACGCAGAGGAGGCGACGCUUUGGAUGUUUGUUUUUUAUCCUGAUGCUCGGUUCGAAUGUCUGCAGCGACGGGCCAGGCAGUUAGCAAAACGCCAUGGGAACAGCAAGUCCUCUGAGUUCUCAUCUGCUCCAUGGCAGCGUGCUGGUGUCACAGCACAGAGAGCAACUCCCAGACGCUUGCUGGGACCAUUUAAGUAGCAGCCCCUAAUUGGGAACUCCCCAAGCGGCUGCUCUAGUUAUAAAAGGUCUUUGGCUCUAGCGUUUCCAGGCCAAGCCCCCCCAAAAAACAUAGAUAAAUUCUGCAGGAUGCAUCUCGGGUUAUCGACAAGCCAGUGCUGUCACCUUCUCCUGGGACACUGGUUCAGGGACACCUUGACAAUCUCUUGACCUACCCCAACCAGCUCCAGCUCUGCACCAUGAGGAAUUUGCUCAGGGAGCCAAGUUUUUGUUGUUGUUUUUUCUUUUUUCAUUUCGAGGCUGCCGCCACUGAGGAAGAGCGGGUGGCGACAUCAGAAUCAGGGCUACAUCGUCAGCUUACCAGGGGAGUAAGCUGCCCCAGCUUUCAAACAGCUGGAUUUUCAGCUGAUCUUGGUGGCUUGCGUGUGUGUGUGUGUGUGUG